GGGACUUCCAGAUUGAGCCACGCACGGGGGAGAAGACAGAGGGAGCUGGAAAUAACGAGAGGCAGUAAGAACAGUUGACAGAUGAGCAACGCCAGGGAUCCGGUUUUAAAUCAGCUGGGACGGGAGUUGCAGGCGUAAAACCUGCAGAAACGAUUGGAUCGUCUCAGUUGUGAGUCAAUCAUUAACAGGAGUACAGAGAAAAGAGAGAGUGCUGAGAUCAAACAACCAAAGAGAAGCGCAGAGUCAGCCACAUACUGGAAGUAGACAUGAGCAACAACAGCACCCAGAUCUGCAGAUACCAACAUUGACCGUUGCCCUCUGUUUCCCUGCACUCUGAUUGCACGUACAAGGCAGCCUGGAACAGAGCCUUCUCAUCUAAUUCAUUCUUGGACUAAUCCACUCCCUGCACUGAGAAACAAUGGCGACAAGCAGCUAUGGCUACUACCGCACAACCAUUUUCAUGGCCAUGUUUGUGGGCUACACUCUCUACUACUUCAACAGGAAGACAUUUUCCUUUGUCAUGCCCUCAGUUAUGGAGGAGAUACAUCUGGACAAGGAUGACUUAGGCCUCAUCACCAGCAGCCAGUCAGCGGCCUAUGCCAUUAGCAAGUUUAUUAGUGGGGUCCUUUCAGACCAGAUCAGCGCCCGUUGGCUCUUUUCACUGGGCCUCUUCCUUGUGGGUAUCAUCAAUGUGGUCUUUUCCUGGUCCUCCACUGUGGCUGUGUUUGCUGUUCUCUGGUUCAUCAAUGGUCUGGGGCAAGGUCUGGGCUGGCCUCCCUGUGGGAAGGUCCUACGCAAGUGGUUUGAACCAUCCCAGUUUGGAACCUGGUGGGCAGUUUUGUCCUGUAGUAUGAACCUGGCAGGGGGGCUUGGCCCGAUCAUCGCGACCGUAGCUACCAUGAGCUACAGCUGGAGGAGCACAUUAUCCAUGUCGGGCUUGAUCUGCGCUGGCACUGCCUUCCUCUGCCUACUGGUCAUCAAGAAUGAGCCUGCCGAUGUUGGGUUGCCUAACCUUGACAAAGUGGUGAAGAAAGGCAAGGCAGGAUCUUCUGAUUCAAAUGAGAGCACAUUAAAGGAGUUCUUGUCCUCCCCAUACCUCUGGGUGCUUUCCUUCGGAUAUCUCGUCGUUUUUGGAGUGAAGACUGUCUGCACUGACUGGGGACAACUAUUCCUCAUCCAGGAGAAGGGCCAGACUACUCUAAUGGGAAGCUCAUACAUGAGUGCUCUUGAAAUUGGGGGCUUCGCAGGCAGCUUGGCAGCAGGGUACCUGUCAGACCGAGCUGUGGCCAAGUAUGGCCUUCGCACCCAUGGCAAUCCUCGGCAUGGCCUCCUCCUGUCUAUGAUGGCUGGGAUGACAAUAUCUAUGUAUCUUUUCCGGGUAACAGUCACUCCAGAAGCAUCCAAGGAGUCUACACUCUGGGCUCUGGUCCUGCAUCCUGUCUCUCUCCUCACUGGUCUAUCAGAACAAGAGAUUUGGAUUCUUUCACUGGGAGCCAUAUUUGGUUUCUCUUGUUAUGGACCAAUUGCAUUGUUUGGUGUCAUAGCCAAUGAAAGUGCUCCAUCAAACUUCUGUGGAACAUCUCAUGCCAUUGUGGCUUUGAUGGCUAAUGUGGGCGGCUUCCUUGCUGGACUCCCAUUCAGCACCAUUGCCAAGCAUUACAGCUGGGAGACGGCCUUCUGGGUGGCCGAGGUGAUGUGUGGGGUGACAACAGUGGCUCUCAUCCUACUUCGCAACAUGCGCACCAAGAUGGGACGUGUGGCAAAGAAGUCACAGUGAAGUUGACGCAGAAUGUGUUGGUAGGAGGCAGGGCCCAUUGACGCCAGCACAUGUCGGGCAAAUAUCAAGUUUAAAUGAUUAGUAGUUUAGGAAGACACUGAUGUCAAGGAAGCAGGAGACACUGCUUGAUAUCAGUCAUCAGUCUGCUGCAUUUUAGUGCCUCCUGCUGUGUAAAAAGUUUUGUUGCAGUGGAAUAAAAAGGGAGAUACCUUCUUAUGAUUGCAGCCAUAUCUUUGCCAGCUGUUCUCACCCCCCCUUUCCAUUUUACCUCUACUUUGUUACAAGCCCAUCUACCUACCUUCAGCUCUUGGCUGUCAUGACCUUGUGCAGAAGAGUCACCAGAGAGCUGAGGUAUGCAUCAAGUGUUGAGAUAAAUUCAUCCAUCCUCUGAAGCUAAAAAGAUGAGUCGUAACAUUAUUAGCAAAUCUGCUAUAACACCCCACCUAUGCCAUAAAGUGACACACUCAAAAGAGGUGGAGAGGAUGCUGGGAGGUUUCAGUGGCUGUUGGGAACCAAACUCCAUCGUACAAAUGUAGCUGCCAUCUAUGACACUAAAUAGAACCUGACACCUAACAGAUGCCAAUACUGUGUUUUAUUAAUGAAAAAUAUUUCCUUGAAAAGCCAUUGUAUGGAUACUGGCUGUGGAAGUCUGUGUAUGUAUGAUCUGUACACUGUUAAAUAAAACAGUUCCUCUAAGGAUC